AUACAUAUAUCAGGUUAUUUCUCUUCUUCAAUUGAUUUUAUAUUCUCCUUCAAUUGAAUAAUAAGAAUCAUUCAGAUAAUCACAUAAAUCAAAAUGGUUAAACACGUUCUUUUAUUAGGAUCUGGUUUCGUUGCUAAACCAACCGUUGAUAUCUUAGCUAAAACCCCAGAUGUUAAAGUUACUGUUGCUUGUAGAACUUUAUCUAAAGCCAAAGCUUUAGCUGGUGAUGUUGCUGGUGCCAUUUCCUUAGAUGUUAAUGAUGAAGUUGCUUUAAAUGAACAAGUUGCUAAAUCUGAUUUAGUUAUUUCUUUAAUUCCUUAUACUUAUCAUGUUUUAGUAGUUAAAGCUGCUAUUAAAAAUAAGAAACAUGUGGUUACUACUUCUUAUAUUAAUCCUCAAUUAAAAGCUUUAGAAAAAGAAAUUAAUGAUGCUGGUAUUACUGUUAUGAAUGAAAUUGGGUUAGAUCCAGGUAUUGAUCAUUUAUAUGCUGUUAAAACCAUUGAAGAAGUUCAUGAAAAGAAAGGUAAGAUUACUUCAUUUUUAUCUUAUUGUGGUGGUUUACCAGCUCCAGAAGAUUCUGAUAAUCCUUUAGGUUAUAAAUUUUCUUGGUCAUCAAGAGGGGUUCUUUUAGCUUUAAGAAAUUCUGCUAGUUAUUGGAAAGGUGGUGAUGUUGUUAACGUUAAAUCAGAAGAUUUAAUGGCUACUGCUCAACCAUAUUUCAUUUAUCCUGGUUUUGCUUUCGUUGCUUAUCCAAAUAGAGAUUCAACCACUUAUAAAGAAUUAUAUCAUAUUCCAGAAGCUGAAACUGUUAUUAGAGGUACUUUAAGAUAUCAAGGUUUCCCCCAAUUUAUUAAAGUUUUAGUUGAUAUUGGAUUCUUAAAAGAUGAAGCAUCUGAAUUAUUUUCUAAACCAAUUGCUUGGAAUGAAGCUACUAGUAAAUUAAUUGGUGCUAAAUCAACUUCCGAAGAAGAUAUUGUUGCUAAGAUUCAACAAUUAACUAAAUUUGAAUCCGUUGAUGAUGAAAAGAGAAUUAUUUCUGGUUUAAAAUGGUUAGGUUUGUUUUCUGAAAAUCCAACUACUCCAAGAGGUAAUCCAUUAGAUACUUUAUGUGCCACCUUAGAAGAAUUAAUGCAAUAUGAAGAAGGGGAAAGAGAUUUAGUUGUUUUACAACAUAAAUUCGGUAUUGAAUGGGCCAAUGGUGAAACUGAAGUUAGAACUUCUACUUUAGUUGAUUAUGGUGUUCCAGGUGGUUAUUCAUCCAUGGCUAAAUUAGUUGGUGUACCAUGUGCCGUUGCUACUCAACAAAUUUUAGAUGGUACUUUAAGUACUAGAGGUUUAUUGGCUCCAAUGAGUUCAAAACUUAAUGAUCCAAUUAUGAAAACUUUAAAAGAUGAAUAUAACAUUUAUUUAGUUGAAAAGACUAUUUCAUAGAUUGUUUAUUAGUUCUAUAUAU